AUGGGAAACUUCAUCGGAUAUCUGUUCCUUACACCUGAAGGAGGCGGCAAGCCACAGAACCUCUCUGAGGUGCUUCUUGAGCAGGGCCUCGCUACGUUGCAUUUCACUGCGGAAAGGAGUGCACACUACAACCAGCUGGCGGCAGCGGAACAACGUGCAAAGGCCGCUUUGAGAAAUAUCUGGCAAAACUAUAAGGAGGAAGAAGUUGUACCUGAUGAGGUGAUUACCCAACAGAACGACACGGCCGAAAGACGAGUUCAGUAUAAGAAAGUAGCUGUCACAGAUGUCUCGAAGGGUACCCUGAACUUUGCUGCACAACUCGUUGAGGACGGACCGAAACUCGAGAAGAUGACUGCGGACUUCCGUGAAUAUCUUCGCCAGCACCCACCUAUGACUGGAGCAUUCAACCCCAGGCGCGGUGACUUAUGUGCUGCACCGUUUUCUGUUGAUGGUUUGUGGUAUCGUGCUAAAGUGGAAAGCGUUAGAUCUGGUCAGGCAGAGGUUCUUUUCGUGGAUUAUGGAAAUCGAGAAACAGUACCAGCUACUUCUUUGGCUCAGCUUCCUCCAGGUUUUGCUUCUUUCCCACCAGGAGCGAAAGAAUACGGACUUGCCUUGGUGGCGAUACCGAAUGAUAAGGAAUAUGGGUUGCAGUGCGAAGAUGCACUGCAACAGUUGCUGUUCUCUGUUCCCACUGCCGAAAUCAAUAUUGAAUACAAAGUUGGCUCAACUGAAUACUGCCAGGUGAUGAUUGAGUGUGCUGGAAAGAAACUUGACGUGGGCAAAGCUCUAAUCGAAGAUGGUUACGCGUUGGUUGAAAAGAGGAAGGAAAAGAGACUUCAAUCAAUGUUGAAUGAGUACGAGCAAGCUGAGCAGAAAGCACGUCGCGAGCGCAAGAACAUUUGGGAGUUUGGAGAUUUUACUGGAAACGACCUCUAG